AUGUUGAACUUACUUCAAUUUCUCCUCGCUGUCCCGGCACUUGCCGCGGCGGCCACCUUCCCUGUCAUUCAAAGCGACUACGGACCUGUCAAGGGCGCAGCUUCGCCUUUCCGCGAAGGUGUCACCGUUUACAAAGGUAUCCCUUAUGCAGCGCCUCCUACUGGUUCGAAGCGCUGGACUCCUCCCACCAAGCCUGAGUCGUGGACUGAGACACUCCAUGCAAAUGAGUUCGGUCCUCAAUGCGCGCAGCCAUAUUCCGAGGUUGGUAUCUUUUCUUCCGGAAAGAACUCCACUGGCGAGGAUUGCUUGACUGAACAUCUGGACUCCGACCCACGACACCACCGAUGCCAGUGAGAAUCAAUCCAAGAAUCUCCCCGUCUACGUCUGGAUCUU